UUUUGGUUGGAGCCGCGUGAAAAAUAUUAAUGCAAGAAAAAUUAUAAAAUAAAUCAAAUACCUAUUUUGACAUAUUUUGAUCAAAUAUUACUGGAGAACUAAGUUUAAAGGCUUAUUUCUAGUUUUUAUUCACGAGGACAACAGAUUCUAUUCGAUAGUUACGCGAUAAGUAAAAAAAUCGGGCUAACCAAUGGCUUUGAAGUUUCUGCAAGUCGGCAAACUCUUGUCAAAAAGCUUUCAAAACCUGAGAAUUAAUCCAACACCAAGCAGUUUGUUAUCGCAAAAUCAUCAAAUCAAUACGAUUUUCGCUAGAAAUUAUCCUGGAUUUUUCACAAAAUUGCCUGCUGAUCAUCUUUGGAAAGCUGUAACAUCAGUUUCAAAUGCUGGACGGAAAAGAGGUCGAGCAAAGGGUCUUAUGAGGAAAAAGAAUUUGAAUCGAGGACAAAUUAUUGGAGUUGGAAAAGCAAAUAUUCAAUGGCCUGGACUUUCAGCUCCCAUCAUCCGAGGCCGAGAACUUGUUCAUCGACAAACUUUACCCCCUGAUCCAGAACAUGAAGCAAAGAUAAUAAAACUUCGUGAAUCAGCAUCAGGAAAACGUUUCAAUAGAUUGACUCCUUUAGAACGUGGUUGGUCUGGUAGUAAAAUGCCUGGAAGAUCCAUUGGACCUCCUGAUCCUAUUGGCGAAGAUGCUUUCGAAGGUUUCGAUACAAGAGUUAUUGAGUUGAAAACUGUUGUCAACAUGAAAGGAAAUAUGGGACGAAAACGUCGAUUGUCUUGCUUUGUUGUAACAGGAAAUGGAAAAGGAUUAGCUGGAUUUGCCACUGGAAAAGCAGUUGAAUCGAAAAAUGUAUUGCGUAAAGCUAAAAAUCGUGCUGGACAGAAAUUGAUGUUCAUUGAUAUUUGCGAUGGUCACGGCAUUUAUCAUGACUUCUUUUGUCAAUUUGGAAAGACAAAGAUAUUUGUUUAUAAGAAACCUGAAGGGUAUGGACUUGUUUGUCAUCGAGCGAUUAAAACUAUUUGUGAAGUUGUUGGAAUAAAAGAUUUGUAUGCAAAAUGUGAAGGUUCACCAACUGUUCAACAUGUUGUGAAAGCUUUUUUCCUUGGACUCUUAAGUCAAAAGCCUUAUGCAAAAACCGCAGAAGCAAAAGGACUUCAUCUUGUUAAGUAUAGUAAAGAGACUGGAUUCUUCCCAAAAGUUGUUGCAAGUCCAACAAGAUGUCGAACAGAGAAAGAGAUCAGAGAAAAUGAAAUUAUUGAUUAUUCAAUAUUCGCCAUGGAUGGAAAACUUCCUUUGAAACGUAAGAAGUUUCCAAUGUUCUAUGAAAGCUCUUAUGGCUAUCAAGUUUAUUUGAAAAAACUUGAGAAACGAAGAAAUCACUUUACCAUUAAGGAAAAUAUGUUAGUUGAACAUGGAGAAAUGAAAAGUUUUCUUACUGAUAAAUAUCCCGAAUGUAAACCAGGAAGAUUACCAAAACGUGAACCCGAAGAUCAAGAAUCGUAAUUAAAAAUUUAAUUUUGUAGAAAUCAGAAAUUAAUUGAUAGUGAAUAAAAAAAUAAUUGCAUAGAAAAUUAAUUAAUAUUUUGUGUUAGAAGAUUUUCAAAUAAAACAUGUCCCUGAUUUUCAGAAAAAA